CAAGAUAUUUUGUUUGCAUUUGUUUUUAAUUUCACAGUGAAAAUUUCAGUGAAAUUAUUUGUUUUUAAUUUUUAAGCCCCACCAUUGAAUAAAAUAUAAUGUAAAUUAAAAACAUAUAGUCAAACUUGUAGUUUAAUUUAGCACAAAUUUUUGAAAUUUAAUAUCGUUAAAUAAAAUUGAAAAUGUAAAAAAUAUAAAUAUUAAACUAGAUAACACAAAUGAAAAUUAAUUGAAGUGAUAAUAAACAGCAUUGUUGCAACCUGUUUGCUUCAUAAUUUUAAGUGCAAUUUUCUAUAUAAUCAAUUAGUUUAUUCAGACAUGGAAUUUGUUCUUGGUGGUUUUUCUGGCGUUUGUGCCGGUUUCUUCAGCAAUCCGUUCGAUGUCAUGAAAACUCGUCAACAACUUCAAGGUGAACUGAUGCGAGCUGAAGAUGUAAAGAACAAACCGUACAAGAACAUUUACAAAUCAAUUCAGUCAAUCAUUAAAGCAGAAGGAUGGAAAGGCUUACAAAAAGGCUUAUCAGCACAAACAGCCUUUCAAUUUACUUUGAAUAGUGUAAGAUUGGGAGCGUAUCAAACAUUGGAUGACUAUGGAUUUCUAAAUCGUGACGAGAAUGGCAAAUUAUCAAUGAUUCGUUGUGUUAUUGUUGGUGGAUUUUGUGGAUUUCUAGGUGGAACCGCCUCAUGUCCCUUUUAUAUGAUUAAAGUACAAUUACAGUCACAGAGUGCGAGUUCAAAAUAUGCCGUCGGAUAUCAGCAUAGUCAUUCCGGUCUCAUUGAUGCUUUGAAAACCAUCUACACAAACAAUGGCAUUAAAGGAUUAUGGAAAGGUUAUACAGCUCUUAUACCGAGAAAUGUUGUUGGAUCAAGUGUGCAGCUUUCCACAUUUUCUGUUUGCAAAAAUUUUCUCGCACAAUACGAUACAUUUGCAGAUUCAAUUUUCUUACGUGCAGUUGUAGGCAGUGCAGUAACAGGCUUAGUGACCUGCAUUUUUAUGACUCCAUUUGAUACAGCUGCCACUCGAAUGUUUAAUCAACCAGUAGGAAAAGACGGAAGGGGUUUAUUGUAUCGUAAUCUUAUCGAUUGCUUUAUUAAAGUUACAAAAACUGAAGGCUUUUUUGGUGGCUUCUAUAAAGGAUUCGGGCCCAAUUAUUUCCGUAUGGCUCCACAACACCUACUUAAUCUUACGUUUUGGGAGAAGUUUAAAGAAAUAAACAACAAAAUCCAAAAUAGAUAGAUAAAAUUAUUUUAGACUUUUCACUUUUAGAAAUUUUUUUGUAGAUGUGUAUGUAAAUUAAUUUAAACUUUUUUAAUGCUAGGAGCUAUGAUCAAGAAUCUGAAAGUUAAUUUUGCAUUUUAUAAAUUAAAAAAAAGGAUUCAACGUUAUUAUUUUUUGUGAAUAUAUUUUUUUUUAUACUAUUGAAUAAA